AGCGCGUCAUCAUCAUCUGCUGUAAUCAGCCUAAACGCGCGGUGAUUCCCCGCAGCGUACACGCGUUUAUCUCUGCUCUGCUCGGGUCCCCAGCUCCUCCAUCACGGCCAGGCGUUAGGACAGAGUCCGCUCGGAACCAUGUCUGUCGCGGGACUGAAGAAGCAGUUCCACAAAGCCACUCAGAAAGUUAGUGAGAAGGUCGGAGGGGCAGAGGGAACCAAAUUAAAUGAAGACUUUUUGGAAAUGGAAAAGAAAGUUGACGUCACCACAAGAGCAGUGAUGGACGUUAUGACCAAGACGACGGAGUACCUGCAGCCCAAUCCAGCAACUCGUGCCAAAAUGAGUAUGAUGAGCUCCAUGUCUAAAAUCCGUGGAGGAGAUAAAGGCCCUGGCUACACGCAGACCGAAGCCGUCCUGGCCGAGUCCAUGCAGAAGUUCGGCCGGGAACUCAGCGAGGAGUCCAGCUUUGGCCUGGCUCUGAUCGAUGCUGGAGAAGCCAUGCGAGAGCUAGCUGAAGUCAAAGAUGCUCUGGACAUGGAGGUCAAGCAAAACUUUAUCGAUCCCCUGCAGAAUUUGCAUGAUAAAGAUUUGAAAGAAAUCCAGCAUCACCUGAAGAAGCUGCAGGGACGACGGCUGGACUUUGACUAUAAGAAGAAGAGGCAGGGAAAGGUCACAGAAGAUGAGCUCAAGCAGGCCUUGGAGAAGUUUGAUGACUCGAAGGAGAUCGCCGAACAGAGCAUGUUUAACCUUCUGGAGAGCGAUAUUGAACAGGUGAGUCAGCUUUCAGCUCUGGUCCAAGCUCAGGUCAACUACCACAGACAGGCGGCAGAGAUCCUCCAGCAGCUCUCCAGCAAACUAGAGGACAGAAUGAGAGAGACGUCUUGUAAGCCGAGAAGAGAGUACGUCCCCAAACCUCGCACCUCGGUGGACUUCAGUGAGAAUCACAACGGCAGCAUCGCCCCGUCCAGAUCUCCAGCUCCGAUGGACCAGCCUUGCUGUCGGGCGCUGUAUGAUUUCAACCCUGAAAACGAGGGUGAGCUGGCCUUCAAGGAAGGAGACGUCAUCUCCUUAACGAGCAAGAUUGACGACAACUGGUAUGAAGGAACGGUCAGUGGGCACUCUGGCUUCUUCCCUGUCAACUAUGUCGAUAUCCUGGUGGAUUUAUCCCACUAAGUCUCAUGCAUGACCAGUUCUUCUGACCGAACCUAGCAGCACAAAGCAUCGCUCUGUUGUGGGGUUUGCACAUUGGAAGUAAGCAAUGAAAAAUUUCAUGUACAGUAUGUAAUUCUUCUUCUCCGAGGUUGAUCCGACCUCAUUGCCUGCUGCUAUGACUCCUGUGUGAUUCUCAGUUUCAAGCCAUGCAUUGCUCUCUUCACCCUUUUAAAAAUAUCUGCAAUAAAAAAAUAAAUACAAAUGAAAUAUUUUGGUAUUACGUUCUUAGCAUAAUGUAUUUAUGAAAAAUUAUCUGAAGUCCAGUGGAUGUCAAGUUGAUGUAAAGUAUUAAACGUGAGUUGUUGUUGUUGUUGUUGUUUUUUCUUUGAAACUGCAUUAAUUGCAACACAAAUAUCUUUUCUGUUCAUAAUGUGAAAUGUUCUGAUGUUUGUUUAAAGUCCUACAACAAACUUUAGCCUUGAACUGAUGUUAGGUUUGACUAAUUAAAUGAAUGAAAAUUGAAAAUAAAAAACAAACCGAGAUGAAAGUUAAGUGAAUGGUUUAUUUGUUCCAGUUUGUCAUCUGUCAUGUGACACUCUGAACGCUUCAUGAGUCCUGAAGGUCUUUCCAUGAAAACUGAAGUAGUCACUAAAGUUCAUAAUGUCGUGUGUGUGUGUGUGUGUGUGUGUGGAUAUUUCUGAAAGUGCUGGAGUGUUUAUUUGUUGAGCUCCUCUUGAGCAUGAAUCUUCAUGGACUCAUCUGAAUCAGUCACAGGCUUGUAUUGAGAAUGAAUUGUGCAACUACAAUAAAACCUGUUUAAUGGC